AAACGCGCAACGAAAGAGCGGAAACAAGCUCAGCUUAAAGUCAUGGCUUCAAAAACGAAGAAGGCACGUAUGGUGCAGUCAGACAACGCUUUGAGUGAUAGAAACUACACCUCCUGGGCCCAGUUUCAGGAAGCUGUCCUAACGUUACAAGGUUGAGCUACCGUGACGACGUAAUGCCUACAGUACUGGUUGCGUUGGUAGUUAAGUGAACGUAAUGUUAAGAGUGCUUUGUGACACCGGGCCCUGGAACAGAAGAUAGCCAUUUUCAGGUAGACUAUUAAGCCACAGAAAUUAAGUAACAGCAUUUAAUGAGAUGAGAGAUUGUUUAAUAGUUAUCCAGUGCGGUUGCAGUAUUGCUUUUAUCAUUGGGUGCACAACCAAGGGUAAGGAUGUUUCCUUUUCCAUGAUUGCCAUGGUAACCAGAUUAACUCUGUGUCCAAGCUAUACAUCUUCAGUUGUUUUGUACAUGUAUGUGCAGUUUUAAUUUUUGGCCUGGGAUCAAAACCAGGGUUGGGUCAUACCAAAGACAUUAAAAGUGGUCUUUGCACUGAGCGGUGAGGGCAAGGAAACGGGACUGGUUGGCCCAUUGUCAGUAUGAUGUGGCUGGGUGGGGUAUCAUGUCUUGGGUCUUCAGAAUGAUACCUCAGUGAUGGCAGCACUUUGGCGGCCUGCCACCUGAAGACACAGAAUAUGUACACGCAUCUAAUGACUCCUCAUACGACCUAAAAAUUGUUAAGUAUGACGUAAAGCCUUAGGCAUACACACAUAUACGUACAGUAGAAUGUACAUUCAUACAUACUCUAAUUUUCAACCUUUCCAACCACCUUUCAAACAAUAUUUUGAAACAUUCUGAGAGAAAUACAUGUAUGCGUGUAGGGAAAUAAUUUCUAUUGUGUAAUUAAGCUUGCAUAUUUUAAUGACACGAAAUUUGUUCAUUUUUAGAUUCAUUUUCAUAUUAAUUGUAGACAUAAAUUUGACUGAUAAAAGUGCUUUUAGUAGUUGAAAAGAUGGAAGAUUUAUAGUUCUUCAUAUGCAUAAGAAAAUUCACUUAUAUCAACCGCUCUGCGGUACUACAUUUGGACUAAAUUGUGGUAGACUCCACAGAUGCGAAUGUGUAGGAAUACAUUUAAAUUCUGAUUAAAAAAUGACAAAAAUAAAGGUCCUAGAAACCAUAAAUUUGCUUUACAUAUUCCCUUCCAGGAAACAUUUACAUGUGGGUGACUAACCCUCAAAAAGUUAGAAUUCUUCUGGUCAGGACCAGUACUUUUUGGAAAUUAACGUUGUCUAAAGUGAAUAGUAACACCUGUACUUUAAACAUGCUUAUUGUGAAAAAGUAUUUAUCCAGUGAGAUAAGUUGGUUUUAUCUUGAUAAGCACUGCUGGUAAGCUGUAGCUGCUGUAAUGUGAUUCAGCUCUACAAAAUGACAGUCAGUUUUAUUUAGUUAAUUUGUGUUUUAUAAAUCUCAUGUGUUAAACAUUCUGUGUGUUUGAAUUGAGCAGACAGGGUUUUAUUUCCAAUCCACACUUUGCUAGCAUGGAAUCGGAUGUUCUGUAUCAUUUAGCCCUGGACACCAAGAAUUUCAACCUGACAGAAAUGUUUUCUGAUGUCAAGUUUGUGUGUAUGGGAGGAUCACCAGACAGGAUGAAAAAGUUAGCUGACCGGCUGGUUGAAGAACUCCCAUACAGCAUGCCAACAGGACACACACUCUGUAAUAUAGCUGGUGGAUCAGAUAGAUAUGUACUGUAUAAAGUCGGUCCAGUUCUAACAGCUAGCCACGGCAUGGGUGUUCCUUCAUUGUCAAUCAUUCUGCACGAGCUGUUCAAACUCCUUCAUCAUGCUCAGUGUGAAGAUGUUAUCUUCUUUCGAGUGGGCUCUUCAGGUGGAAUUGGAGUUCCGCCUGGGUCAGUGGUGGUGUCAGAGUCUGUUCUGGAUGGUCUGCUUCAUCCACACAUGAGUUUGCCUGUUCUUGGGGAGAUAAAGACAUUCCCGGCUUACCUCAACUCUGACAUUGUCAAAGAUCUUGUAAAGUUUGCCCACGAUGAUGAUGGAUUUAAAACCUACAGGGGGAAAACUCUCUGCGCAAAUGAUUUCUAUGAAGGUCAGGGACGACUAGAUGGAGCAUUUUGUGAGUAUACCAAAGAUGACAAGAUGGAUUUCCUGAAGCGUUUGUCUAAGGAGGGGGUGCUGAACAUAGAGAUGGAGGCCAUAUGCUUUGCAGCCAUGUGUCUGAGGGCAAAUGUGAAAGCUGCUGUCGUAUGUGCGACACUUGUGGAUCGACUCCAGGAUGACCAAUUGACCCCAUCCCAUGAUACACUGGUAAAGUGGAUACUCCGGCCUGAAACCAUUGUUCUGCGAUACAUCAAAUCAAAACUAAAAGAACAAAAUUAAAUGCAUUGUAGUACACUUUCAGUGAUCAGAAAUGGUUCAUUCUAGAUACUUAUGUUACGCAAAUUUUUUUUAUAUAUUUUCUUUAUGCUUUGUUAUUGACACCAUUUUAUUAACAAUAUUUUUAUAGAAAGUAUAUUUACUUGUUUGUAUUUUAUAGUAUUCCAUAGCUUUAGUGCAUUUUAAUCUCCCAUCUGCACCUUUGGCAUUUACUUCACAAGUAUUACAUGCCUCUAGCUUUGUGUGUGUGUCUUUUGUGUGUGAAAAUUGGCACACUAUAUCUGAGAGAAGAAACGCACUUUGUGUAUGGUAAAUGACGAUGUUGUACAUUUUGUCAGAGUCUGAGAGCUUUGCUGAUUGUAGAAGGGUGUUUUGAGACUUGUUUGUAAGGCAGGAUGACAGUCUGCUGGAAAAUCUAAUAUUUAGCACUGAAAGUAAUAUUUUAUGACUUGUAUUUGCUUCUAAAACUGCUUCUGAGGGCGAAAUCUAGGUCACUUACCAUAAUACGCAAAACCAAAUAAUAUCCUUACAGCUCUUAAGGAUAAUAAACCAUAGUGUGGUAUCCAUUUUUUUUUGUUUGUUUAUUUCAUUGUUACAAAUCAAAUUGAAGUAUACUGCAUUUGAAGUAUUGAAGUAUAAGCAUUUUUAAAAUGGGUCCAGUUUUCAUACCUGAAAAUGUAAGAAAUGGCACACCUGAACUGAAUGAUCAGAGGCAGGAGGCUUGUGACUGAGGGUUGUUUUCUCAAUUGGAACCAGGUGCCUCCAUGGCUCAGUUGGUUAGCACGCUAGCACAUAAUGACCCAGAAGCCUCACCCAUGCAGUCGCUGUGAGAUCAAGUCCAGCUCAUGCUGGCUUGCUUGUACAUGUGAUGGCCUGUCAGCAACCUGUGGAUGGUCGUGGAUUUCCCCCAGGCUGUGCUCGGUUUCUUCCCCCCAUAAUGCUGGCCACCGUCAUAUAAGUGAAAUGUUCUUGAAUACGGCAUAAAAUGCCGAUCAAAUAAAUAAAUAAAUCAAGUGAAACCAAUAGAUACAUGUAAAUAUAGGUCAUGUCAUGUCUCUGUUAUCUAGUAGUUGGUUUCUCAUGACCUUGUAUUGGAAAACAAUGUUAAGUUCGAUAAUUCUUAAUAUCAGUGUUACAUGUAUUUAAUUAUUAUGUGAUUUUAUAUAUUUGCUGAUGUCUGGAAAAGUACCCAGAGGAGAAUCAUGAAACCCACAAAUUCUCAGGGCAAGUUUGAAAACUAGCCAAUCUGUGCAUAAGUUUUGCAUAUUUAAUGAAUUCCAUAAUUCUCAUUGCUCAAUGAUUUCUGUGCAAUAAUUGAUCUAAUUAGUGCCAAAUUCAUUGCAUUAAUUUCAAAGAACCUAGAUUAAGGUUAAAAAAGAGCCAAAUCUGUACAUAAGAUUUGCAUAUUAAAAUGAUUUAAUUGGAUGUGGGUCGGGUUUUUUUGUAAUUUGCUCAUAUCUUGAAAACAAAUUGUGGAGAAUCAUGAAGCUCAAAAGUUACAUUGUCUUAACCAACAUGAUCCAUGCAUAAAUUUUGCAUAUUUAAUAAAUUGUGGUGGAAUAACUGCUCUAAAUACUGUCCAAUUUUUAAAAAAAAUUGAGUGCAAGGUCUUUUUGUGUGACCUGAGAGUAGUAUUGAAAAACAGACAGAUCAGUAUAUAAGUUUUGCAUAUUCAAUGAUUGGCCUGUGGUUCAU